GGCGCGCCUGCGCAGCGGCGGGAGUUUCGGCGCAUGCGUGUUGCGUGGCGGUCGGGCCGGCGGGAGCUGGGCCCCCUGCCGCGCCGUGCGGCCCCCGGCCCGCAGCCGCCGGCUCCAUCCGUUUCCCAUCUCUCCAGGAUGAGAGAGGUUUGGGUUCGGCUUUUCCCCUCUCCCUGUAGUUGAUAGUUGCGGAACCAGAGGUGAUGCUGGAGUCAAGAUGGCAGACAGUGUGAAAACCUUCCUUCAUGACCUCGUCAGGGGAAUUAAGGACUCCAUCUGGGGCAUCUGCACCAUCUCUAAGCUGGAUGCCCGGAUCCAGCAGAAAAGGGAAGAGCAGAGGCGAAGGAGAGCAAACAGCGCGCUUGCCCAGCGGAGGUUUCACAUGGAAGAGAAGAAGCAAGAGAACGAACCCCGGAUCGUGAGCCGGAUAUUUCAGUGCUGUGCCUGGAACGGAGGUGUGUUCUGGCUUAGUCUCUUCUUGUUCUACCGAGUAUUCAUACCUGUCCUUCAGUCCGUCACGGCCCAGAUCAUCGGUGACCCUUCCUUACACGGCGAUGUCUGGUCUUGGCUGGAGUUUAUCCUCACCUCCAUUUUCGGUGCCCUCUGGGUCCUUCCCCUCUUUGUGCUCAGUAAGGUUGUCAACGCCAUCUGGUUUCAGGACAUCGCAGAUCUCGCGUUCGAAGUUUCGGGCAGAAAACCUCACCCCUUUCCCAGCGUCAGUAAAAUCAUCGCCGACAUGUUGUUUAACCUCUUGUUGCAGGCGCUGUUCCUUAUCCAGGGGAUGAUAGUGAGCCUCUUCCCCAUCGAUAUCGUCGGCCAGCUGGUCAGCCUCCUCCACAUGUCGCUGCUUUACUCGCUCUACUGCUUCGAGUACCGCUGGUUUAACAAAGGAAUCGAAAUGCACCAACGCUUGUCCAACAUUGAGAGAAACUGGCCCUAUUACUUCGGCUUCGGCUUACCGCUGGCUUUUCUCACGGCGAUGCAAUCCUCUUACAUCAUCAGCGGUUGCCUCUUUUCCAUCCUUUUCCCUCUCUUCAUCAUCAGCGCCAAUGAAGCGAGGACCCCUGGCAAAACCUACCACUUCCAGCUCCGUCUCUUCUCCUUGGUGGUUUUCCUCAGCAACAGGCUCUUUCACAAGACGGUUUACCUUCAGUCUGCCCUGAGCGGUGCUUCCUCUUCCGCUUCCUCUUCCACUUCCUCUUCCUCCGACCGCCUCCUCUCCCCCCAGCCCUCUCCCGCCAAACACAUGGUGCAGCCGGGGCACUGAGCCACCACUGAACCCUGAGGGGGGACAAAGUGGGGGGGGGGGGCCCCCGCCUGGAAGCAUCCCUGGACCCCCCGGGGGGGGCCUUGAUGUCGAUUCUUGCCCCCCCACCUCCCCCCCCGCCACCACCGCGACAGAAAUUUGGGGGGAAAAUCUGGAUUUUUAACACCUUUGUGAGUUCGAAAGAGCCGGCUCCUGCCCUGCA